AUGCUAGAAGACAAAGGGCCAAGAGUGACAGACUACUUUGUUGUGGCAGGUCUCACUGACACAUCUACUCUUUUGGAUCAAGAAAUUAAUCGUUUAGAUACUAAAUCGACUGGACCUAAAGCUCCAAUUACAGACAUUGCUGUUAUUAACACAACAGUUGGGGAGGUAGUUCCUGAAGGAUACACCUGUGUUGAAGCCACUCCAUCAGCUCUUCAAGCAAACUUGAACUAUGGAAGUCUGAAAAGUCCAGAACUUUUCCUCUGUUAUAAGAGGGGGCGAGAUAAACCACCUCUUAUGGACAUUGGAGUUCUAUAUGAAGGGAAAGAACGACUUAUUCCAGGAUGUGAAGUGAUCCAAGCCACACCCUAUGGUCGCUGUGCCAAUGUCAACAAUAGUUCGACAACUUCACAGAGAAUCUUUAUCACUUACAGAAGGGCUUCUCCGAUUCGACCUCAGAAUUCCUUAGCUGUAACUGAUAUAUGUGUCAUUGUAACCAGCAAAGGAGAAACCCCUCCUCAUACCUUUUGCAAAGUUGACAAAAACUUAAAUUGUGGAAUGUGGGGUUCCAGUGUGUUUCUGUGUUAUAAGAAGUCUGUUCCUGCUUCUAAUGCAAUAGCAUAUAAAGCUGGUUUAAUUUUUAGAUACCCGGAAGAUAACUAUGAGUCAUUUCCACUCUCAGAAUCUGUACCUCUCUUCUGCCUUCCUAUGGGCGCUACUAUUGAAUGCUGGGAUCCUCAAACCAAAUACCCACUGCCAGUUUUUUCAACUUUUGUACUAACAGGUUCUUCUGCCGAAAAGGUAUAUGGAGCAGCCAUCCAGUUUUAUGAGCCUUACUCUCGGGAACUGCUAACAGAGAAACAGCUUUUGCAACUGGGCCUGUUGACACCUGUGGAGAGAAAAGAGGUCUCCAAAUCCAUCAAUUCAAAUAAAUGCAUUUGUUUACUCUCACACUGGCCUUUUUUUGAAGCUUUUAGAAAGUUUCUAAUGUUUAUCUACAAACUUUCUGUGUCUGGACCACAUCCUCUUCCCAUUGAAAAGCAUGUAUCACAUUUUAUGCAAAAUAUUCCUUUUCCUUCACCACAAAGACCAAGAAUACUUGUACAGUUAUCAGUCCAUGAUGCAUUAAUAUUAUCACAACCAGUCUCUACACCUUUACCAUUAAGUGGAGCCAACUUUAGCACCUUGUUAAUGAAUUUGGGUCCUGAGAAUUGUGCAACACUGCUACUCUUUGUUUUACUGGAGAGUAAGAUUCUGCUUCAUUCUCUCAGACCAGCUGUGUUGACUGGGGUAGCUGAAGCUGUUGUAGCCAUGAUCUUCCCAUUCCAGUGGCAGUGCCCGUAUAUCCCUCUCUGUCCUCUCUCCCUGUCGGCUGUGCUCAGUGCACCUUUACCCUUCAUAGUCGGAGUUGACUCCAGGUACUUUGACCUUCAUGACCCACCACAAGACGUUGUUUGCAUUGACUUGGACACAAACAUGGUAUAUAUAUCAGAUGAAAAGAAGAACAUGAACUGGAAGCAGCUUCCCAAAAAGCCCUGCAAAAAUCUACUUGGCACCUUAAAGAAAUUGUAUCCCCAGCUAUCUUCAGUUCAUCAAAACACUCAAGAAGGUUCAGCAGUUGAGAUGACUCCAAUUGAAGCAGAUUUUUCCUGGCAGAAGAAGAUGAUGCAACUUGAGAUGGAAAUUCAAGAGGCAUUUUUACGCUUUAUGGCAUCUGUUUUAAAAGGGUAUAGAAUAUUUCUCAGACCAAUAACAGAGGCUCCUUCAAAUAAAGCUACAGCUGCUGAUUCGUUGUUUGACAGACAGGGAUUUUUAAAAAGUCGAGAUCGUGCCUAUACAAAAUUCUAUACCCUAUUAUGUAAAACACAGAUUUUUAUUCGUUUCAUUGAAGAGUGCAGUUUUGUAAGUGAUAAAGAUACUGGAUUGGCAUUUUUUGAUGACUGCAUAGAAAAGUUGUUUCCUGAUAAAGGCACAGAGAAAACAGAUAAGGUUGAUUUUGAUCUAUCAGAAGACACCAAAUUGAUAGAGAUAGACGAUUCACAGAAAAGUGAGCACACGGUAUUCAUAAUGCCACCAGAGCCACCACCAGAUGAUGGGAUGGACCUCUCCCCAAAGUACAGUUACAAAUACUUUCCAAGACUGGAUCUUAAGCUUUUUGACAGACCACAGGAGUUGAAACUUUGUUUUAGUAGACACCCUACUGGGAAUAGCAUUACAAACAGUCCAGCUCUCAUGGCUAAGAGAACUAAACAGGAGAUUAAAACAGCUCAUAAAUUGGCCAAGAGAUGUUAUACAAAUCCACCUCAGUGGGCCAAGUGUCUGUUCAGUCAUUGUUACAGCUUGUGGUUUAUCUGUCUCCCAGCCUAUGUUAGAGUUUCCCAUCCCAAGGUCAGAGCACUCCAGCAGGCAUAUGAUGUGCUUAUUAAGAUGAGGACAACAGACGUGGACCCACUGGAUGAGGUGUGCUACCGAGUAGUAAUGCAACUUUGUGGACUUUGGGGCCAUCCGAUAUUAGCAGUAAGAGUCUUAUUUGAAAUGAAAACUGCCAAGAUAAAGCCAAAUGCCAUUACUUAUGGUUAUUAUAAUAAGGUUGUUUUGGAGAGCUCAUGGCCUAGCAGUACCCGCAGUGGUAUCUUUUUAUGGACGAAGGUACGGAACGUGGUACGUGGCUUGGCACAAUUUAGACAGCCACUUAAAAAGACUGUGCAGAAGUCACAAGGCUCCUCAAUAUCAGGUGGUCAGUCUGACCAGGGCUAUGGGUCUAAGGAUGAACUUAUAAAGGAGGAUGCAGAAAUCCAUGUCCCUGAAGAAGUAGCAAGAGAAUUGACCACUAAAACAAAAAUGCAAACAGAAGAUGUUUGUGAUAGUGCUGCUAUUGUGACAAAACAUCCACAACCUUGUCCAGAACCACAUAGUUCUCCUGAGCCUCCUGCGUGGGGCAGCAGCAGCAUUGUGAAAGUCCCAUCUGGUAUAUUUGAUAUCAACAGCAGGAAAAAUAGCUCUGGUAGUACAUCGAAUGUCCUGUUUUCUACUCAGGACCCCACUGAAGAUGCCAUGUGUGGUGAAGCUACUAAUCUUAAGAAGAAUAAUGAGAGAGGAGAAAAAAGGCAAAAGCAUUUUCCAGAGAGAAGUUGUAGUUUUAGCUCUGAAAGUCGAUUAGGAAUGUUACGUAAGAAAAGCAGCUUGGAUUUGAAUUCCAGUGAGGUGGCCAUCAUGAUGGGAGCAGAUGCCAAGAUUCUGACAGCGGCACUGACGUGUCCUAAGACUUCUCCACUUCCUAUUUCAAAACCCCACAACUCUGAGUACCUUGCUGAUACUAGGACUCGUGUGGGUGAAAGCACUUGGGAGUCAGAGCAUAGAACAUCUCCGGUGUUAGAGAUACUUGAGGAGAGCCAAGAGCUCCUAGAGCCUGUGCUUGAUGAUAGCGUAGCGAAAACUACCAUGAUAAAGGAUGUAUGUGAUGGUCGACAAAAGGAUAACAGUGGUGAUCGGUGUAGAGUCUUGAAAACAGAGUCCAAAGACCCAGUAAAUAAGAGAAAUAGUUUUUGUGGUGUUGCUAAAGCUGUUGAAAGGGAAGAUGUUGAAGCUGGGCUAGAUCCUUUGUCUCUUUUAGCCACUGAAGGUACAGGAGAAAAAACUCCUGAUUCUGAAGAUAAAAUGUUUUCUCCAGUCAUUGCACGUAAUCUAGCUGAUGAAAUUGAAAGCUAUAUGAACCUGAAAAGUCCCCUAGGUAACAAGUCUUCCAGUAUGGAACUACAUGGAGAGGGAAGCAAGGAGCCUGCCACUCCCACCUCAUUUAUUCACCCUUUAGAGAGAAGAUCAAGCCUACCUUUAGAUCCUGGUCUGCCAGCACAGGAAAAUCCUGAAAGCGAAGAGAGCUCUCUUGCAGUGUCCAGGUCUAAAACUUUUACUGGGCGUUUCAAGCAGCAAACUACCUCUCGAUCUAAUAAAGAGCGUUCCACUUCUUUAUCAACAUUGGUGCGUUCCUCACCACAUGGAUCAUUGGGUUCUGUAGUGAAUUCUCUGUCAGGGCUAAAGCUGGAUAACAUACUCUCAGGACCUAAGAUCGAUGUCCUGAAGUCUGGUAUGAAGCAAGCAGCGACAGUAGCCAGUAAGGUGUGGGUAGCUGUAUCAUCUGCCUACAGCUACUCAGAUGACGAGGAGGAACCUAAUAGGGAUUAUAGCUUUCCAGCUGGCCUAGAAGACCAUCUUUUGGGAGAGAAUAAGUCUCCUAACAUGAGUAUCUCAGGGUUGGUCUCCAGUGAACUUACCCAGAGCAAUACAAGCCUUGGCAGUAGCAGCAGCAGUGGAGAUGUAGGAAAACUUCAUUACCCAGCAGGUGAAGUUUCAUAUCCAAGAGGCAUAAAAGGGCAGGACUUUGAAAAAUCAGAACAUGGUUCUUCUCAAAAUACUAGCAUGUCUAGCAUCUAUCAGAAUUGUGCAAUGGAGGUUUUGAUGUCAAGUUGUUCACAGUGUAGAGCUUGUGGAGCUUUGGUUUAUGAUGAAGAAAUUAUGGCUGGAUGGACUGCUGAUGAUUCUAAUUUGAAUACUAUGUGUCCAUUCUGCAAAAGCAACUUCUUGCCUCUUCUCAAUGUAGAAUUUAAAGACUUGAGGAACUCUGCAAGCUUUUUCCUGAAACCAAGUACCUCUGGUGACAGUUUACAAAGUGGCAGUAUUCCAUUGGCAACUGAACCCCUGGAGCCUAAACUUGUGUCCAAUUCAGCAGAACCUGAUUUGAUCAACUUGAUGGAUUUACCGAAACAUACCCAGACCAUAACUGAGGAAACAAGCGCUGCAGUUGAAUCCAGUGAUGAACUAAAGAAAGCCAGUGGAGAUGAUGUUCAAACUAUGAAAAUUUCACCUGCGCCUAAUAGUUCAUCAAAGCGAAGUGUGUCUUUGACACGAAGUCACAGUGUUGGAGGCCCUUUGCAAAACAUUGAUUUUUCCCAGCGACCGUUUCAUGGCAUUUCAACAGUUAGUCUUCCAAACAGCUUGCAGGAAAUUGUGGAUCCUUUAGGUACAAGGCCCAGUCCUCCCCCUGUUUCUGUGCCCUACUUGAGCCCUCUAGUGCUUCGUAAAGAACUUGAAUCUCUGCUAGAAAAUGAAGGUGAUCAGGUGAUUCACACAUCGUCGUUCAUCAAUCAACAUCCAAUCAUUUUCUGGAACCUCGUUUGGUAUUUCAGACGUUUGGACCUACCUAGUAACUUGCCUGGACUUAUCCUCACAUCUGAACAUUGUAAUGAAGGUGUACAGCUUCCUCUGUCGUCUCUGUCCCAGGAUAGCAAACUUGUGUGUAUUCAGCUGUUAUGGGAUAAUAUCAACCUUCAUCAGGAACCAGGAGACCCUCUGUAUGUUUCGUGGAGGAGUCUUAAUUCUGAAAAGAAAUUGCCACUCCUGUCAGAGGAACAACAAGCAGCCAGCACUUUAGUAGAAUGCAUCCGACAGAGUAUUCAGCAUAAUGAUGUGCUGAAACCCAUCAAUCUUCUUUCACAACAAUGGAAACCAGAUGUGAAAAGACAAAGGAGUUUAUAUAGAGAAAUCCUUUUCUUAUCAUUAGUGUCCCUUGGAAGAGAGAAUAUUGAUAUUGAGGCUUUUGACAAUGAAUACGGACUUGCAUAUAGAAGCUUGUCUUCAGAGAUUCUUGAAAAGUUGCAGAAAAUUGAUGCCCCGCCAACUACCAGUGUGGAGUGGUGCAGGAAAUGCUUUGGAGCGCCUCUAAUUUAAAUACA